AUGGAGCCCAUCUUUACUCUUUUACAUAUAAUAAUAGUCAUCAUCAAUUUUUCUAAAGGUAAUGGAACUGCUUGUAUACUGCAAGGAGAGCCUGCAUAUCCACAACUAUGGAAGGAUGGUGAUAUCACUGUCGGUGGAGUUUUUCCCUUUCAUAGUAAUUGGGAGGUCACCGACUUGUCUUAUUUGGUCAUACCACAAACAACGAAGUGUAUUAGUCUUGAUUUCAGAGCCUUUCAGUAUUCACAGUCUUUGAUAUUUGCAAUAGAGGAGAUUAACAACAGUACCACUUUAUUGCCUGGAAUCUCACUGGGGUACAAGAUAUUCGAUACCUGCAGUUCAUCAACAAUGGGAGCGAGAGUUGCAAUGACACUUGUGAAUGGAAAUGAGAACUCAGUCUUGGAUGAGAUCUGCACAAAGCCAGCCCAGGUGCAGGCCAUCAUUGGCGAAACCUACUCUUCUGUGUCCAUGGCUAUUGCACAGGGCAUUGGACCCUUCAGCAUUCCCUUAAUCAGUCACUAUUCCACCUGUGAAUGUCUCAGUGACAAGAGAAAAUAUCCGUCAUUCCUUCGCACAAUUCCCAGUGAUUAUUACCAGAGCAGAGCGCUUGCAGAAAUGGUCAAGCACUUUGGCUGGACCUGGGUGGGAGCAAUGAGAAGAGAUGAUGACUACGGUAACAGCGGGAUGGCUGCUUUUACUGAAGCUGCAGAACAGUUGGGCAUCUGUUUGGAAUAUUCCAUCCCAUUUUUUAGAACCUAUUCACAAGAAAGAGUGAUGAGAAUUGUCGAGCAAAUCAAAAGCUCCACUUCUCGAGUCAUUAUUGGAUUUCUUGACAACUGGGAUUUGGAGAGUUUACUGCCAGUAUUUUUUAAGCACAAUAUAACUGGAUUUCAAUGGGUUGGAACUGAAGCCUGGAUUUUUGAUACAGAAUUGGCCACAAUGGAUAAACACCAUAUACUGAAAGGAGCUAUAGGUUUGGCUAUCCCCAAAUCGAAGGUGACGGGUCUGCAGGACUUCAUUUUAGAUAUACAUCCACUAAAAACUGUAGGCAGUGCCAUUUUUACUGAAUUCUGGGAGGCUUUGUUUAGCUGUAAGUAUGCAGUGCAAAAUGGUACAGAGGAGACACCAGUUUGCACCGGGAACGAAAAGCUGUCUGAGGUGGAAAACACAUUUACUGAUAUGACCCUUAUGCCAAUAUUCAACAAUGUGUAUAAAGGGGUUUAUGCAAUUGCUCAUACCUUACAUGAACUUCUUGGCUGCAAACAAACAUGUCCUACAAAUAAACAGCCUGAUCCUUUCACAUUCCUACAACAGCUUAAGAGAGUGCAUUUCAAAACCAAAGAGGGCGAAGAUGUGUUUUUUGACAGAAAUGGUGACCCUCCAGCUAAAUACGAAGUAAUAAACUGGCAUUUGAAUAACGAGAAUCAGCACGAGUUUGUCACAGUUGGACAUUAUGACUCAUCUUUAACUGGUCAAGACCAUUUAUUUAUAAAUGUGACCACUAUUAUGUGGGCACAGAAUACAAAUCAGGUGCCAAUGUCUGUAUGCAGUGAGAGUUGCCCUCCUGGCACAAGAAAAGCUGUACAGAAAGGAAAACCCAUCUGCUGUUUUGACUGCAUACCAUGUGCUGAUGGAGAAAUCAGUAAUAUGACAGAUUCCAUUGAAUGUCAGCAAUGCUAUCAGGAUUACUGGUCAAAUCCACAGAGAAAUGAAUGUGUAAAGAAGGAAAUUGAAUACUUGUCCUACAAAGAAACGAUGGGAAUUUUGCUAACAGCUGUUUCAAUUAUUGGUGCAUUUAUGACAAUGGUAAUAGCAAUUAUUUUCUUUAGACAUAAAAAUACCCCAAUUGUCAAGGCCAACAACUCUGAGCUGAGCUUCCUGCUGCUCUUCUCACUGACUCUGUGUUUCCUCUGUUCACUUACUUUCAUUGGUCAGCCCUCUGAGUGGUCCUGUAUGCUGCGGCACACAGCGUUUGGGAUCACCUUCGUCAUCUGCAUCUCCUGUGUUCUUGGAAAAACAUUAGUGGUGUUGAUGGCUUUCAGAGCUACACUUCCAGGCAGUAAUGUCAUGAAAUGGUUUGGGCCUCCACAACAACGACUGAGUGUUCUGUUUUUCACUCUUAUACAGGUCCUUAUUUGUGUGCUUUGGUUGACAAUAUCUCCUCCUUUCCCUUUUAAAAACCUUAAGAGCUACAAGGAAAAGAUUAUUCUCGAAUGUCAUUUGGGCUCCAACCUAGGUUUCUGGGCUGUGCUGGGUUAUAUAGGAUUUUUGGCCCUCUUGUGUUUUCUUUUAGCUUUUCUGGCAAGGAAGUUGCCUGAUAAUUUUAACGAAGCCAAAUUUAUUACAUUUAGUAUGCUAAUCUUUUGUGCAGUUUGGCUCACAUUUAUUCCAGCGUAUGUCAGUUCACCUGGAAAAUUCACAGUAGCAGUAGAGAUCUUUGCCAUUUUAGCAUCAAGCUUUGGCUUAUUAUUUUGUAUAUUUCUUCCAAAGUGUUAUAUAAUCAUACUGAAACCUGAGAAGAACACCAAAAAGCAACUUAUGGGCAGUUAUAUGAAGUAG